CGGUUCCCCGUCCCCGACAGCUACACCGUCAAGCAGGGUUCCGACAAGUGCGGUGACCAGGCCCAGCUCUCCUGCUGCAACAAGGCCACCUACGCCGGUGACACCACCACCAUCGACUCCGGUGCUCUGGCUGGUCUUCUCAGCAACAUUGCCGGCUCUGGCUCCGGCUCUCAGGGUAUUGGUCUGUUCGACCAGUGCUCCAAGCUCGAUCUUUCGAUCCCUAUCAUCGGUAUCAAUGCCCAGGAUAUCCUGAACCAGCAGUGCAAGCAGAACAUUGCCUGCUGCCAAGACAGCGGUGCUUCGGCCAGCAACGACCUUCUGGGUGUCUCUCUUCCUUGCAUUGCUCUGGGCUCCAUCAUCUAA